CCCACCCCUCUCUGUCUCUAUUUUCCGAUUCAAACCCAAACCCUAAUUCACCUUCAAAUGCACAAUGUUGUCUAAACAAAUCCAACCACCCAUUAUUAUGGAUUCUUCUAAUUUUACCCAUUUCAAACCAGAAAUCGAAAAAGAUAAAAUCAUGGGUUUUACUCCUUCACAAAACUUCGUCCACCAAAGCCGUGCAAUGUCUGGAAUUGAUCAAGAAGAAGAAAAGAAGAAAGAAAUGGUCAUUUCUGAGGUUUUUCAUGCUAAUUCUGCCGGCACUUGUAACAAUGAAUCUUCUUCUGUAUUAAUGGUGGAUAUGAAGAAGAAAGAAGAUCCUGAUGAACCCAUUUCUUGGUUACAAAACGUUGUCAAGAAGAAUCAAGAACCAGUGGGCAAAGGUAGUGCUCAAUUGUAUGAUUCAUUCACUGCUGAACAAAUGAAAGAAACCCAAGAAGAGGAUUCAGCAAAAGAGGAGGUACGUCAAGUCCAUUCUUUACCCCCAUCCAUGUCUCAAUAUGAAAAUGUUGUAGUCAAGAUGAUGAAUUCAGAAAGGAGUGACAAAAUUUGUAUAGAAAGUAAGCAAGAUGAGGUGUUUAAAGUAAGCAAGAUGAGGUGUCUUCUUGUUGAGUUGAAUAAUUAGGGAGAAUUGUCAGCCUCAGGUGGUAAUAAUAAAAGAAUGUCUGCGGAAAUCAGAAGUACUCGUAUUGUUAGUGGAUAUGGCUGUGCAAGGAAAGAAACCGUGAGUUGCAUUGAUUUGGGUAAGAAAAGGGCUGGAAUUUGCUCUGGGAACAUAGGCAACCCAGGAAAAAUUUACUGAAACAAACUCGAAGAAAGAUGUGUUGAGUAUGUUUGUUGAAGCUAGAAAUGUCUUCUGUCAAAAGAAAUUGGACGGAAAUAAGCAAAGUUACUCAAGGGAAGAAAUGGAAGUGCUGAGGUUCGGAAACUCGUAUCAACAGCGUCAGGUAUGGCGAGAGAUAUACACUGGGUUGGGUCCUGUUGUGGCCAAACAAUUUAAUCAAUUGGCAGAGGCUAGGCAGAAUGGUAAGGCCAUCACUGACCAACAACAACAACAGCAACAUCACCAUCCCCUGCCCCAGCCGCAUCACCAACACCCACGACAACAGCAAAAAAAUAACCGAUACCCACUGCAAUUACUGCAACAUCACCAAUACCCACAGAAGCAGCAGCACCAAUACCCAAAGAAACCUCCGCAGCAUCACCAUCAACACCAACUAGCUGGGUUGCACAGAGAGAAUACCUCAAUUCUAGGUGCUGGCACUGCCAUAGAGAGACCAAUCCACUUGCGAAUCAACAUGAAGAAUGCCAGAACAAACUGCUAUGUCCCUUAUGUUCAUUAUAUACCAGUAUACUACUCCAUGAGUCAUUAAACUCAACUGACUAGGCAGAUAUCACCACAUCCCAGUACAUGUACAUGUUAUGCUUACUGUUAAGCCAUAUUCAUCUGACUUGUGAAGAAGAUAUUAUAUGUUUCAAUUGUACAUCAUUAAGAAAACCUGACGGGGUGUCAACGAUAGCGAGCUCAUACUCUAUAAAUACAUGUAUUCCUUGUUUGAAUGAAACAAACUUUCUUUUGUU